CUGCGUCCCCGGGCGACGUCGUCCGUACGUAUAUGCUGCUGCAAACUAGCUAGGGGCCACCGAAAAAUGUCCGAUCAGUUGGGUAUUGAUGACUUUGCCCAAGUUCAAGAGGCUCUGUGGGAGGCCAGAUCAAAAUGGCACAACAUUGGGACCCGACUCAAACUGGGGGUCUUUGAUCUCGAUUGCAUCAAUUCUGAGCCAGGGUUUGGUCUGGAUGACAAGUUCAAUCUCAUGAUCAAGACCAGGUUGAAGAGGAUGGAGCCAUGCACCUGGAGAGAUCUCUAUGAUGCUCUUAAUCAUCCUACUGUUGAUAUGCCCAGUGUUGCCAACAAACUCACAGCAAAGUUACCAAUUGUUGUGGCACUACCUGCAGAGCAAAGGGCAGCAGGUGUGGCUAAAAUCUCAUCUAUUAGUGGAGGAGUCCAAGAUAAAGAAAUCACCGAGACGAGAGAAAAGAUAGAUCAGUUGCAGAAAGAAUACAUCGAUAUCUCCGUUUGUGCUGCUGAAGAAUUUAGCAAUUGUGUUGCAGUUAAAAAGUUGCGCUACUCCCUCCUCUGUCUUCCAUCUAAUCUCAAAAAGGAGCAUAGAAGGUUUGUUACUAAAGUGAAAGCCGAAAUAAAACAAGCUGAAUCAGCUGAGGAUAUAAUUGAUGUUAUUGGCGAACACUAUGACUAUCUCCACUACACUCUGUUGAAGUAUGUCGUUGAUCUCUAUGGGAGUCAGGACUUGAAGAGUAAAAUGGCAAACUAUGCCGAGAAGACGAAC